AUUGAAUUUUUAUGGGUGUGAGUUUGAAUGCGUAAUGGAAACAGAGUGGAAUCGUAAAAACCCAAAAAGUAGUCGUUAUAUUGAGAAAGUUGUCACAUAUGGUGGGCUCUGAAUUUGUGUAUAAUACAUACUGUAUUAAUAAGCAUCUCUCCCUCUCUCCAGUCUCCACCAUAAAAUCAAAUCUACUCUAAACGACCAAAAAGAGAAAGAGAGAUAUACAAGAAAAUGGUGAACCAUGAGAAGAAGAUGCCCCCAAAACGCAUCAUACUUAUGCGUCACGGUGAGUCCGCAGGCAACGUAGACGCAGGUGCAUACGCGACCACACCAGAUCACAAGAUCCCUCUGACGGAAGAAGGACGAGCGCAGGCGCGUGAGGCCGGGAAGAAAAUGAGAGCACUCAUAUCGACUCAAAGCGGUGGAGCGUGUGGAGAGAACUGGCGCGUGUACUUCUACGUGUCGCCUUACGAGAGAACGAGGACGACUUUGAGGGAAGUAGGGAAAGGGUUCUCGAAGAAGCGCGUGAUAGGAGUGAGGGAAGAGUGUAGGAUCAGAGAACAAGACUUUGGGAAUUUUCAAGUUGAAGAGAGGAUGAGAAUUGUCAAGGAGACGAGGGAACGUUUUGGUAGAUUUUUCUAUCGUUUCCCCGAAGGUGAAUCUGCCGCCGACGUCUAUGAUCGUGUUUCCAGUUUUCUGGAAUCGAUGUGGAGGGACGUGGACAUGAACAGGCAUCAAGUUGAUCCAUCAAGUGAACUAAACCUAGUGAUCGUGUCACACGGACUAACCUCUCGGGUGUUUCUAACGAAAUGGUUCAAGUGGACGGUGGAAGAGUUCGAGCGGUUGAACAACUUUGGGAACUGCGAGUUUCGAGUGAUGGAGUUAGGAGCGAGCGGAGAGUACACUUUCGGGAUACACCACACCGAAGAAGAGAUGUUAGGUUGGGGGAUGUCCAAAGAAAUGAUUGAUGAUCAAAUGGAUCGUGUUGAUGGUUGUCGUGUAACAUCCAACGAUUCUUGUUCAUUGCAUCUCCAUGAAUAUUUUGACUUGUUAGAUGUCACCGACGAUGAAGAAUGAUGAUUAUCUCUAUACUAUAUACUAACUAGGAGAUAUCGGUCAACAUUUUUAAAAAAAUAUAUAUAUAAUAUAAUAAUAAAAAUUAUUGUUA